AUGAAAUGCUUUUGCAAAAAUAAACCAAAAAAAGACUUAAUUAUAUCAAUUAAAGACGAUAAUGUCAUCUUUUAGACUUGUAAUUAUUGAAUAUUUCAUGGAUAGGCAAUAACACAUAAAAUGUUAUCUGUAAAUUUCAAGGUUUUUAUGAUUUUAGUGAUAGUAGUGAUAAUGAUAAUUAAAUAAUUCGAUUAAUGUCUUAGAUAUCAAAUAAGGAUUUCGAUAAGAAUUCUUUCAAACAAAUCCUUGAGAUAAACACUAGUUGUUCAUAAGUAAAUAUGGUUCUCAACUUAGGAUUCAAAAUUGUAUAUUAAUAAUGAAACCAAUUUUCGACUUGUUAGUUCAACUCAGUCCACUUCUACAAGCAGUCCAACGUUAACUGAACCCAAAAAAAAGAAAAAGCAAAAGCCCUAAAACAAAAAAACUCAAUCAAAAUCUGAAGUUGAAAAAAAACCAUAAUAAAUUUCAGAUUCAAAAAAUUAGACAAAAUAAACUAAGGUUUGUUCUAUGGAGAAUGAAGAUAUACGAAUAUUUGAAGAAAGAAUAAAACAAUAUACAUCUGAAGUGGAUGAUUCACAAAAAAUAGUUUUAAAUCUCCCACUAGAAUGGAUAAAAAAAUUUGGGGUUCAAAAAAAAAAGAAAUGA